AUGGAUCAAAACCAGACGAAAGGCAAUGGUGCAUCACAACGAGAAAUCAAGAAGGCCUACAGGAAGCUCAGUUUGGAGUACCAUCCUGAUAAGGCUACUGGGGAUUCUAAGAUGUUCAUGAAAGUAGCCAAAGCCUAUGCAGCGUUAACAGAUGAGGAGUCGAGAAAAAAUUGGGAAGAAUAUGGGAAUCCAGAUGGGCCAGGAGUAACAACCUUUGGUAUAGCUCUGCCAAAGUGGAUUGUCGAUGACAAGAACUCCAUAUGGGUGUUGAUGGUGUACAUUGGAAUAUUCAUGGUGAUCAUGCCAGCCUGUGUGGGAGUUUGGUGGUACAGGUCUAUCAAGUUUAGCAAGGAUCAGGUGCUCCUAAACACCACACGUCUCUACCUGUACUUCUUCAGCAAGAAUCCACACAUGAUACUCAAAAAGGUGAUAAUGGUGCUAGGUGCCUCAUUCGAGUUUGACAGGAACAAUAACUCUGAGAUUGUGGAGCGACCCAGCGACAAUGAGGAGGUUCCUAUGUUAAUGAAGCAGUUACCUAACCUGGAUGAGAAGAACAAGGAGCGCCCCCUAUGUUUUGGCUACAGUGUGAAAGCGAGGGCACUACUGCACGCACACUUUGCCAGAUAUGAGGUCCCACCACAGUCACUCAAAAUAGAUCAGAUGUAUGUUCUUAAGAAGUGCCCAGCGCUAGUCAAUGAGAUGAUCAACAUACUGUCACAGCUAGUUGCAAGUGCAAUGGCUAGACAACGCCCCAAUGAGCUGCCGAGGUUGGACACAGUGGAGAACUGCAUGAAGGUGUCCCAGAUGAUCACCCAAGCCCUCGAGUCUAAGGCCAGUCCCCUACAGCAGCUGCCCCACAUCAGACCUGACAUGAUGAGACACUUUGUCACAAAAAGGAGGAAUGUUCAGCGUAUCCGAGACCUGGUCGCCAUGGAUGAAGAAGAGAGACGUGCCCUAUUGCGCAAUCUUAAUGACGCCGAGUACCAGGAUGUUAUGAAUGUGUGUGCCACUAUGCCCAAUGUGGAGAUGAUAGUACAGUCUGAAGUGAAGGACGACGAGGACAAGUCGAUCACCGCGGGAAGCAUCGUCACGGUAACCGUGAGUCUGAAGCGCAGGAACAUGAUGGACGGGUUUGAUAUCGAAAAGCUGACAGGCGAGAUGGAGGACACGAACAUGAGGGACGAGGAACAGGAGGCAGUGGAGGAAAAGGAGCCAGAUGAGGAAGGAAAAAAGACACUCAUUUUGUUUGUUUAUUUUCAGCCUGUGGAUGAGGCCAGCCCAGAGCAGAAACCAAAAACAUGGCAGAAGCAUCAGCAUGGUAAGGGAAAGAAAAAGGCAAAGGGCAAGAAGCCUAAACAGGCCUAUCAGUGGAAGCAGCAGCCAGUCCAGAAUGUGGGGGCCAAGUCUGAACAUGAGGGCGCAGAGAAACAGGCAGAACACGAAGAGGGAGAUGAGGAGGAGGAUGGUGAGGGAGGGUCAGGCACAGAAUCAGAACAGGAGGAGGCAGCUGCCGCCAGCAAAAAGCAGCCCACAAAGAGUGCUGCCCCAAAGCGAGCCCGCAAGGACACGGAGCAUGAGGAAGAUGACUGGGAGAAGUUCCAGGAGGAGGCCAAGAAGGAGAACACUCUGGAGACCAAGAAGAAAGAGAGCCAUCCAGUACACUGUCCAUACUUCCCAGAUGAGAAGCAGGAGGGCUGGUGGCUAUACGUUGCUGACAGGAAGAAUCACAUGCUGGUGUCCGCACCAGUACAAAUACUCACCCUUAAAAAAGAGGAGGAGAUGACAUUGAAGUUCUCGGCCCCACCUAAGGUUGGCAUCUACACAUACAGCGUAGUGCUGCGUUCUGACAGCUACUUUGACUUUGAUCAACAUCACAACUUCAAGUUGGAUGUGAAGGAGGCCAAGAAGGUAGAGGACCACCCUCAGUGGGACAUCUCCGACACCGAGGACGAGGCUGAGGCAGAGAAAGGCAACGCCAGCAACGACUCAGACUACUCCACCGAUAAUGACGAUGAUGAUGAGGAGGAGGAAUACGAUGAUUAAGGGCAGUUACAACAGAUAAUGAUGAUGUUUAUGAGAAAUACGAGGACAAUGACAAUUAUGAGGAGUCAUUUAUGUGAAGAAAUCUUAAAGAUGCUAUCAUUUUUUGCAUUUAUUUAUUUAUUACAAAAAUAUUUUAUUGACAUUUGAACAGAUGUACAAAAUGAAGCAUAUAUUUUGUAUUUUCUUAUUAUAAUUGGUUAUUUUGUGACAU